AUGUAUCCAUCAGAUUGCGUUCCACCUAGAAUCUAUGGAGUGGUUAAAGCACACAAACCGGAAAAAAACUACCCAAUGCGUCCUGUUGUUUCCACUAUUAACACACCUCCUUAUGGAACAUCUGAGUAUCUGGUUAAAAUUAUCCAACCAACAUUAAACAAAAACAUAACUCGACUAAUUAAUUCAAGAAACUUUGUCAACGAUGCUAAAGAAUGGAAGAUAGACCCUAAUGAAAUUCAGGUUUCUUUCGAUGUAAUUAAUUUAUAUCCAUCCGUACCGAUCAAUGAAGCAAUUCCUGUUAUUAUUAACAUAUUGAACGAUGAUCUUGAAGAUUUGAAAACUAGGACUAAAUUAACUCUCAUAGAUAUACACCAAUUAAUUGAACUAUCGUUAAGCAUAUGUUACUUUUUAUACGAAGAUAAAAUCCGAAUUUUACCUAAUUCAGGUCCAAUUGGUUUAUCAUUGAUGGUAGUCAUAGCUGAAGCAUUUUUGCAAAGUAUAGAAAAAAGAGCACUUGAUAUAGCCUUUUUUAAUUCAUUCCAACCAAUAACUUAUAAAAGAUAUGUGGAUGAUAGCCAUGCUCGCUUCGAUUCAAAAGAAAAGCAAGAAUUAUUUCUUAAAGCUUUAAAUGAACAAAACCCCUCCAUAAAAUAUACCGUUGAACUUGAAAACAAAAGAAAACAACUUAAUUUUUUAGAUAUUUGUAUUACAAAUACAAUGAAUGGUUUUUAUGAGUUUCAAAUACACCGUAAGGAUGCGAUAACAAAUGUUCAAAUAAAACCAAACUCCAACAUCAACCCGAGCAUAACCAUUGGCGUCUUUAAAGACGGCAUUUCAAAAAAUACUACAUCUAAUCAGUUAAAUCAAAAGUUUGUUAAACUACCUUGGAUACCUAUUAUUGGCCCAAAACUCCGAAGAGAAUUUAAAAAACAAAACAUCAGAGUUAUAUUUACUUCAGCUCCUAGUUUGAGUAAUAUAUUAUGCAACAACAAAACUAAACUACCUCCGAACUCAAAUCCGGGGGUUUACCAACUUAAAUGCUCAUGCGGAAAUAUAUAUAUUGGUGAGACCAAAAAGAAAAUCAUUUCAAGAAGUGCAGAACACCAAAGAGCUUGCAAAAAUCAAAAAUGGUCGAGUUCAGGAGCCACGGAACAUUCCAAAACAUGCCGUGGUAACUUUGAUUGGCUAAAUCCUAUGACCUUGGCAGUCGUUCAAGAAUACAAGAUACGAAAAAUUAGAGAAUCUCUGGAGAUUAACAAAGCGAAAGUUCGAUGUGAGAUAGGUAUUGGGGAAGUUGUUCUAAAUCGAGAUGACGGGGAUAAGGUUAAAACAAGAACUUGGGGACCCAUUUUGACAAAAAUUUAA